AAGGUGAAUUGCUGGGAAUAGAGUACCUUUACAGCCAGACCGGCAAAACCCUGACUCCGGUGCUCCAGAACCCAGAGGAGGAAGACAGGCUGGUGGAGGAAGUAGAUGACGAGGAUCUACAAGAUGAGGGGUUUGAGGAGGAGAUCAUGGAGGACAUCACAGUUCCAGUGCUGUAUGAGGAUGACCCCUGCCGUGAUCUCAGAAACAGCCCCUCAUCUUCGCCUCUGCCUCAGUCCCCAGCAUCACUGGCUGAGCCGUCCACAUCAGCUGGUGGAGAAGGACAGCUUCCUAGCCGAGCCCCCUCAGUGCCGUCACAGCCAUCCGACUCUGGAGACAGUCUCUCUGUUGAGGCUCAGGGAGUAGUCAUUGGACCUGAUGGCAUUGCUGGGUGGGACAAGGUCCAGGAUCUGGCUGCUUAUUUGGUAGGUCUUCGUGAGGCUCCUUACCUCACUGACCUGCAGGUGACAGAGGCCAUCCAGCUGUGGACAGCUCUCCUGGAUGUUGAUAAACAGCGCAUCAACUACCAGCCUCGACAUCAGCCUCAGCUGACGCAUGGGCGCUUUAAGGCACCAAAGCGCUCCGGAGUCACUCCAGGUGUGGAGAGCGUCAAACGUUGUCUGAUUGGACAUCCUGGGGGUCCAGCACAGUGGCCUAGCACCAGCCGCUUGGUUGAGGCCAUUUGUACAAAGCUGUGUGCCGUACACAAGUCCACUUCCAAGAAGGCUGGUGUUCGCACCCCCAGGUGGUCUAAAAUACUGACCGAUUACCACCACAUCCGGGAUCUGGUGCUUGGCAGUCGCAGGCUGAUGGAUGAAACGGUGAUCCAGGUUUUUGAGCUAAACUAGAAGACGCUCAUUCAGUGGUUUCAACGGAGGCAAAAGGAUCAGGAAAUGAGUGUACUCACUCAGGGACUGACUCCACUUGAUCCAAUUGCUGUGGCAGAUACGCAGCUUCCUUUGCCGAGGGAAAAAUUGGACGAGGCACCAUCAACAUCAGGCCCCAAACACCAGUUUGUCUUUCCUCCAAAUAAAGAAGGACAGGCACCUCUUCUUCGACCUGGACGAAAGUCUGCUUCAGCAACCACCACAGUUUGCUCUUUCCUGCCAGAUGCCACCACGGUGUGCUCCUUCCCACCGGCCCCCACGA